UCUGGAGCCGACUCUAUGCACCAUAGAGGAACCUGUUAUCAAUGUCUAGAACGCCUCUUCCCUUGCACUUCCUCGUUGGGUGCCUGUGGCUGCGGCGCCAUCUGGCGACUGAACUAAGUUUUCCUCGAGUGAAUCGCCCGCUGAAGUUUGCUGGCUGGGAUGAGAAGAAGCAACUGGGUGCAGCGCGUUAGUUUUCUCCGGCCUGCUGUGGUUCUUGGGUUUGAAAACAGAGCUGCUGUUGUGUUGGGUGUGACUCCAGAACGUUGAGACUUUGUAACUGGAUCAAGAAAGGACUGAGGCCUGGUUUACACGUAUGGUGGAAUAAGAUUUGAUGAAACAGCUUCUGUGAUGACUGGAAAUGGACACUACUGAUGAAGCUACAAGGAACCAGCUCAUAACUGGGCAAAUGAACAAGAAAGCACCAUCUGAGUUGACCCCGCUAUCUAAUCCUGAAGGCAUCUCAAAUGACGAUGAAGAUUUCCUUUCUGGUCUAAGUCCAGAAGAGAAGGAAUGUCUAGAGUAUUUGCUACAGACAAUCAACACCUUGGAUGGGGAUGCUUUAGAUGAUGACGAAGGGAGUCAUGAAGAAAUGGUGGAAUCUCUAGGUGCUGAGAACCAGUGCAAGAACAAUGAUGACUCCAGGACGCAGCAAAAUACAUCUGUGGAGGCAGCGCCAACCAAGCCCGGUCCUUGUUCAGCCUUUUCCAAGAUUAAAAUGAUCAAGUCGCUUUCAGAGGAAUCUGGUGACAUCGCUCUGAAGGGCAGGCCUGACCCUCAUUGUCCCAAAGCCAAAGGGCCUCAUAGAUUGGCAGACUCUCAUCCUACUCAUUUCAGGAAGUAUGACACAAUAAUGAGGUCAGGGGUUAAUGUUCAGGAGCUUCGCUCUCGCUUCCUCCUUCAGCUUGACAGCUCUGCUACUAUUAGGGAAGCAACAGAGGAUGUUGCCAGAACAAAUAAGCAGCCAUUGCCAUUGCCUAGAGGUCAGCAGUCGCCUAGGGAUGAAGCACUGCAGAAGCUCGGCCUCCUCCAGAGAACCUCUAGCUCUCCAAAUAUGAAUAGCCCUCUAGUGCCCAUUGCAGAUCAGCAUACCCAGAUUUCACUGGCCGAAAAGCUGAAUAAUGAGGCAACGGCAAGCUCCAUCAACACCACUGAAGAGCCUUUAUAACAGUUGUUACUGUCCAAGAACAGGUGCUUCCUCAAUAGGAGCUAAACAGUGCUAAGACAGCAGUGGGCCAGUUCUGGCCUGCAGGCUUCAUUUGGACCAUUUGGUCCAUGAGGUUGUUUUGGCUAAACCACAUUCACCUGCCCUACACACCUGACAUCAUAGAUGAUGUCAGGUGUGUGGGGCAAA